UUUUUAUCUCCUCACGCUUCUCAUUUUUUUGGAAGCGUAUUUCUCUCUUUCUAGGUCUUGUAACCCUAGAGAAAAAGGGAGAAAUCCUUGGAGGUGGAAAUAAUUUGUGUCCACUUAUUUUUUCCUAUUUAGUUUAAGUUUUUUUGCUAUCAGAUCGACAUCGUCAGUGGUCAUUGGAGACUGAAGUUUGAGAUGGCUGUUGUAACUGCAUCUUCCGCUGGUCCAAGUUAUGCACCAGAAGACCCUACCCUCCCCAAACCUUGGAAAGGCCUAGUUGAUGGUACGACUGGAUUCAUCUACUUCUGGAAUCCAGAGACCAACGAUACCCAAUAUGAGAGGCCUGUUCCCUCUUCCCAUGCAGUGUCUGCUCCAGCACAUAAGUCAUCUGUAUUUGUAAGUUCAUCUGUUGAAAAGCCUUCUCAAGGUCAACGCUAUGAUCCAGAUGGUGGACACAACAGAGGUAGCAAUAACAAGAUUGCAAGAAGCAGUUCUGAUCAUUUUCAUGAUGGAACAUCUGUCCAUGAAGGCUAUGGUUCUCUAGGUGUAGGAAGUGACAUAUCUCAAGAAUCCUACUGCCGCCGCAAUGAAAUCUCUGUUACGGGAGGUGAUGUUCCUGCACCUUUGACAUCAUUUGAAGCGACUGGGUUUCCUUCAGAGAUUGUGAGGGAGAUGCAUCAAGCUGGGUUUUCGGCUCCUACUCCAAUACAGGCACAAUCCUGGCCCAUUGCCCUUCAGGGCCGUGAUAUAGUGGCUAUUGCGAAGACUGGGUCUGGCAAAACUCUGGGUUACUUGAUGCCUGCCUUUGUUCAUCUACAACAUCGUCGCAAGAAUCCUCAAUUAGGCCCAACUAUUUUGGUACUAUCACCAACAAGAGAAUUAGCCACGCAGAUACAAGCUGAAGCAGUGAAGUUUGGGAAAUCGUCAAGGAUAUCCUGCACGUGUCUGUAUGGAGGUGCACCAAAAGGUCCUCAACUACGGGAGCUGAGUAGGGGUGUAGAUAUUGUCGUCGCCACUCCUGGUCGUUUGAACGACAUCUUGGAGAUGAGAAGAGUUAGCCUUGGUCAAGUUUCUUACUUGGUGUUAGAUGAAGCGGAUCGUAUGCUGGACAUGGGAUUUGAACCUCAGAUAAGGAAGAUUGUGAAGGAGGUGCCUGUGCAGAGGCAAACACUGAUGUAUACAGCUACAUGGCCGAAGGGGGUUCGUAAGAUUGCUGCUGAUCUAUUGGUUAAUUCAGUUCAAGUUAAUAUUGGAAAUGUUGAUGAGCUUGUUGCAAACAAGUCUAUCACGCAGUACAUUGAAGUCGUGCUGCCGAUGGAGAAACAACGGCGAGUAGAACAAAUCUUGAGAUCCAAAGAACCAGGGUCAAAAAUCAUUAUUUUCUGUUCAACAAAGAAAAUGUGCGACCAACUAUCUCGCAAUCUUACUCGCAAUUUUGGAGCAGCCGCAAUUCAUGGGGAUAAAUCUCAGGGUGAGAGGGAUUAUGUAUUAAGCCAGUUUCGCACUGGCAGGUCUCCUGUGCUUGUGGCUACUGAUGUUGCUGCGCGGGGUUUGGACAUCAAAGAUAUCAGGUUGGUGCCGUUAAACAUACUGUUUGAUUAUGCAUUGCUCAUGUGCUCUUCAAUUCUGAUGUCUAAUUGGAUAAGAAAGCGUUGGUCACUGUAUUAGGUGUUGGAUCGACAU